AUGCAGUCUACUAUCCCACAUGACGCCGCGGCAGACAUUAGCCCAGAUGACGAGAAAAUUGGCCAGCUCAGCGUCCCAGAUGACGAAGACUUCAACGUGGAUCGUGUUAAAUCAUUGGGAAAUGGGACUGUAUCAUCUCUUAUGAACGAUAUCGUCCUCCCUGGUUAUGCAGACCAUACUAUCCGGCGUCUCGGACUUGGACCAUAUCCAGGGUUGUUGCACACCACAAUCAAACUUGCAAUGGGGCUUUACGUUAAGCCGACUAUUACGAGUAUACUGGAUAUACCUCACAUUGCAGAUGUCGAUAGUACAGAUAAAUCAACUUUACUGCCCCUUGUGGCGCAUCAGGAGAUGAGCAUGCAAGGUCUUUUGGGGUCUACGACAAAGAUAGAUCCAUUCCCGUCGAUGAUUAUGUCGGACAACCACCCUACUCGAGAUAUCGAGCAGGCAGCCGACAACAUUCGUACAGUCCGCAUCGAUAUUGCUGCCGAAGAUCUUAUCGCUAUGUGCGACAUUGCAGAUGCCGUUUUGAAACGCCUUGAGUUCCAGCAGAGUUCCAAACUAUCUAUCCGACUCUGGUUCCUUGCCGAGCGCGAAUUCAAGACUGAGUGGUGGCACGCUUUGCAAAACAUUGAUGUAUAUUCCCGACCUUAUGCGGAGAUGCUUGCUGAAGCACGCAAGAACAGCUAUACCGACUUGACCUAUAACAACUUUGUUCUAGAGGAUUUGGAACAUCCUGAAAACCCAGUUUCCUCUGCCGACAUUUUCGUCGACGCAGAACAGCAGACGGUCUCGAUUCUAGGUGGCGCUGUCGAGGAAAUUGCAAUGCGAGACGAGCUUGCCGCAAAGCUAUGGAAAAUGUCGCUACAGGCGGUAGCCAUCAAAGACCCGUAUUCUCUUUGGGAGCCCCAGGAUAACGAUAUGCAAAUGUACGGCAUUCGCGUCGAUAAGCAACCCCUUCGGUGGUAUUUUAUCGUCGAUCUCUCUAAUGGCGUUGCGGAUGUCUUCCCUGACGUUGAUGUGCCGUUCAACAUCUACAUCAGACUCCCAUGCACUGCCAGACGCAUACCUAAUGUUGCUCUUUCGAUCGAGCAGCUUAACAGCAUCAAAUCCGCCCUCCUGAAGAAUCUUCGCCUCGCCGAAAUAAAGGGAGUCAUGGCCGAGCGUCAAACCCAGGAUCUUGCGCAACUUGACAAAGCGAUCCAAGACAACCGUGAGGACAAGCAGGAAAUAUUGGAAAAGAAGCUCGAAACCAUCAAGGAUCAAGUUUGCCACAGGUUUGCAGCUUCUACCAUCUUCGCCCUAGUAAGGCUCCCAAGCAAGGAAGCAGCCGCAGAACACCGAGCCAAGCCGGUCGAUGUUCAGCUCGCUGCUACAGCCAGGCAAUUCGCGACCAGGUUGCGUCAGCAAGAUGGCGAGUGGGAUAUUGAGUGGGGAGACCGUAUCCACGACUGGGUUCGUGCGAAUGGCCAAGGACGUGAGCAAAACAAACCCACAGGCUAUGGUGAAUCGUUUCGCACGAUUCGAAGACAGCUUCCACCCGGCUAUUCCGCUAACGUCGCUCUUUGUGAAGUACGGAAUGCUAUACAAUCUAACUGGCCAAUCGGCCUAAAGAAACCGCCAGUCAAGAUAGAUGUGCCAUCCAUCACAAUUAAAGGCACCGCUGGCAGUUUCUUAGCCAAUUUCACGCCUGAUGAUACAAGCAUCAAGGCUGAGUGCGCAGCUGUCACGGCAAUGCACGAACUUAGCGAGGUUCCCACAAAACGCUUCUGGGACUAUACCCAGCGCUUCAGAGAGACAAAGGAGCUUCACAAUUGGCUUAAACAGUACCCUGCCUUAGGCCGUCAGGUCAGCAAGCGUCAUCAUAGCGGCGAGAGGUAUGAUGUCCUAAGGAGCCUUGAGAAUAUACCAUUUGAAGUUGCCGCAAUUACUGGCGGGCCUGGAUCCGGAAAGUCGACACUAACUGAAGAUAUUAUCCUUGCGGGAUUUGGAGCCUCCUCGAACUCCUCGUCGGAGGAAUUGUAUCCAUCUGCGUCAACCGUCAUGUUGGAUGAAAGGUUGGAGGAGGAGGAUGGGAUGGUAACAGAGAUGGAGAUAGUGAGGAAGGUAGGUUGUGCAAGGAGGCGCAGUGUUUAUCAGACUAAUAAGGUCUGCUACUGGCAAGUCGCGGACAUAAAGCUGGCUAGCUGGCUAGCUAAGCUAAGGCCGCGUAUGGUUGGCGAUGGAUUGGGCGAGGGCAGCCCGUUAUUCAAUGGAAAAGGAGAUUCCAUUAAGAUGGCCCUAGGCAAUGAGGCUAUCCAGUUGAGCUUGGGCUUUCGCACUCGUCUCCAGCAAGUCGUCGCCUUUGACUGGGAUGGCGCAAUUAUCUGCUAG